UAAUAAUCUAAAUAUAGACCAGAAAAAUAACCAGAGUUAAUGACAACACCGCAUUAACUUUGUUUAUAGAUUAUCCUCAGAUAUAUAAUACGUCUUCUAACAAAAGUAUCAAAGAAGAUCAAAUGGAUCUGGAAAGUUUAGAUGAUCUUCAGAAACAACUAUUGACAUGUCCUGUAUGUCUGGAUGAUUUUCAUGACGACACACACACAAAGGUUUUACCUUGCCUCCAUUUGUUAUGUGAGACUUGCAUCCCAAAAGUAGCUAAAGACGGAGUGCUUCCCUGUCCAACCUGCAGAAUGGAACAUUCAGUGGCCUCUUUUCCAACAGACAAUACAACCAGAGAUCUGUCUGAUUAUGUGGUAGUGAAGACAUCACCAACAGUUUCUUGUGAAGGAAGAGGAUGUAAUGAAACAAACGUUGCAUCCCACAGAUGUCGUCCCUGCGGAGAGUUUCUAUGUUUAGAUUGUGUGGCAGCACAUCGACGAACCACUGUAACAAGAAAUCAUGAUUUGAUACCACUUGAAGAACUGAGAGAUGCUACUGAUUUCACAGCCUUCUGUCAUCCUCAGACAUGCCAAAUCCACCCAGGAAAAGCUUUAGAGCUUUACUGCACUAAAAAAGAAUGUGAGAAACCUAUCUGUGUCACAUGUGCCAUGAUCCACCAUCAAUACCAAGAAGGACAUGCAUUGGUUGAUAUCUGUACAGUAGGGAAUGAGAAACAGGAGGAAAUCAAACAGAUGGUUUGCUCAGUCAAAGAAAAGUCCAACAUCAUAUCCAAAGUACUAAAUGAGAUAGAGGAUGAAAGAAAAGAAAUAAAUCUCCGCAAAGAUCAGAUAUAUAAUGAAAUUGAUGGAGUGAUUGAAAUAUUGCAUCAGCAGAUAGAUCGUACCAAAGAGACCCUGAAAGAAAAAGUAAAUAAACAAGUCUUCCAGAAAUGUCAAAGCCUUGAGGAACAAGAUUCAAAGUUGAAAAAUCUAAAAUCUAAUAUUGAUCAUUCAGUCUUAUACACUGAUAAAGUUAUGAGUCAUUCAAAUAUUCCUGCCUUCCUCCAGCUUAAUAAAACCAUUUCAGACAGACUACAGAAUUUAACAGCUGAACAGUUUGAUGAGGAACCAUGGGAAAUGGCAGCAUUUGGCUUAGACUGCAGUGGGGUCAGUCCAGAUAUACAAAAUACAUUAAGCCAAAAGAUGCAUAUCUGGUCAAGCUCUAUCUUUCCUCCAAAUACUUCGAUUCAACAGCGGAGAGCAGCCAUUCCAGGAGAGGAGGUGGUGUUUGACAUUGAGCUAUUUACAUCAGAGAAAACACCUGCUGCUGAAGAAGCCCAUUUCCAGGCUAUGAUUACAGACCCAAGGGGUGAUAUCCUACCAGGUAAAAUAAAGGAUGGAGGAUUACAAAAUGGAAAGUUUUCCAUUAGAUAUGUUCCCAUGGUUGAAGGAGCCUAUAAACUGGAGUUGACGUUACAGAACAAAACCUUUGCAUCACGUCCAUUCACUGUUGGUGAUGGAAACACUUCUUUUGUUGAGGAAGUGAGUGGAGACUCUCCAGAUCUUAUAACUGUUUCUGAAGAUGAUAGAGACAUGAAAGAAUUCCCUGAAGGAGAAGUUCCAAAACUUCCUGAACAAAUUGUAACCAAUAAUCCAGAAAUAUUCUCUACUAUUCGACAAAUGAGAUUUUUCCUUGAUAAACAAACUGCUCAUAAAGAAGUAACUGUAACUGAAGAUGGGACAACUUUUACUAAUAUCCAGCAAGGAGUUGUACCAAAGUUAUCUGUAUCACACCCAAACAGACACAAAAAGUUCAAAGGUGCACGUGGAACACAUGUUUUUACACAGCCUGGGAGAUAUUUUUAUGAAGUUAUCCUGGAGAUGAAAGUUGUAGCACCUCUGCAGCAAAACAACAUCGCCUUUGAAAUUGGUAUUGCCAGAAAGUCAUCUAUAGAUAACAAGAAGUAUAUUGAAGGGCAACUAUAUGCAUGGUCAAUGAUAGGAGCUCACCAUCCAGCCUGUGAUGCUGUGUGUGUCCAUGUGGUCAGAGAUAGGAAAGUUCUUCUCCAUAAAGUUCUUGUAAAGAACCAAGUAGAUGAGGAAUGCCGUAUAGUUCUGGGUUUCUUGCUGGACACAGAUGCUGGUACAUGGGAAAUCUACAACAGUGAGGAAGGAGAAAAACUCUGUAUUGUGAAAAAUGUAAAUUGUGAUGAGCCUUUGUUUCCAGUUGUUUCUGGUUACAAUUCUUCACAAGUUGAGGUUACUGCUAACUUUGUAACAGGCCAUCAACAUGCCCCUGUCGAUGAGUAAAGCUACAAUGAACGUGUACAUUGUAUUUCAACUCAUUGUUUUUGUCUUGUUUUAAUUGUAAAUAUCUAUUUUAUGGAUGUGAUACUGGAGUAAUUACAAAUUAAUAUAUAGAUAUUAAUAGAUAUAUUCUAACAAGAGAUUGGUUAAUUAUGUAAUUGAAUAAUAUAAAAAAAAAAACAUGCACAAAGAAUUACAUGGUAAUAAUUGAUUAUGAUGAUGCAAUGUCAUGAACUAUAUUGUAGCUAUGUUACCAAAUAAUUAUGUUUACAAACUCUCUGAUGAGUCUCAUUAAUACUUUUUUUUUAAUAUACCAAAAGUAAACAGUAAAAAAACAAACUUUUUUAAUAUGUGAAUGUAAAUAAAACAGAUGAAAGGUUAAUAUAAGAAGACAUCAACCAAUUUACCACAAAUUUAGUAAGUUGCAUGAAUAUAGACAAGAGUCUGUAUUAUAUGACAAGCUUUUAAACAUUAAUAUAUUGUUAUCUAUUCUUUAGUAAUGCGUUCAAAAGGUUUGUGUUGUACAGACAUAUCUUUUAUUGUGUAUACUAUCAAUUGAUUUAAAUACAUGUAUUUGUAUUAAACAUAUUUAAUAUUUAUAACUCAAGAGUACUAGUUUCUUUUAUUUACAUAUGGGAAUUGUGAUAUUCAUUUGUAAAUAUUUGUUAAAUCUGAAUUACCAGUGUAAAGAUUAAAUAUGUUUAAUUCUUUAAAAAUUUUGUUUUUGGCAAAGGAAAGACAUACUACUGUAACCAAACCCUACAAUAUGAUAUUGUACUCCCAUAUUGAAAGAUGAAACAGACUUAUAUGUAGUACAGUUUUGAUUAUUUUUGUAUUUGUAAGUUAUGAAAUUAUUUUUUGUUAGAAUUAGCUAUUUGUUAUUGCUGGUCUUACACUUUUAGAGAUAUUUGAUAUAUUUAAAAAAAAAAAAAAGGAACCAUCCACCAUGGCCUGUACCAAGUCAGGAAUAAUGACAUUUGUUAUCCAUUUUGUUUGAUGUGUUUGAGCUUUUGAUUUUGCCAUUUGAUUAGGAACUUUUCUUUUUGAAUUUUCCUUAAAGUUCAGUAUUUUUGUGAAUAAUUAAGGCAACAGUAGUAUACUGCUGUUCAAAACUCAUAAAUCCAUGGUCAAACAACAAAAUCGGGGUUACAAACUAAAACUGAGGGAAACUUUCCACCAAAACAUAAAAGAUCUAAUUUUUCGUAGGAAUUGUUUUUUUUUCGUUUCAGUUCAUUUCAUUUCGUUCCAUUCCUAAAUGAAUUUACUAUCUGUUCUUUUCAACUCUUUUCUUUCCCAUUAUUCUGUAAUCCUAAGAAUAAUUUGGGUAUAGAAGAGUUGUUAUCUCUUGGUUUCCUUCUGACCAGCAGUAAAACCCUUGUUAAAGAGUGGUGUUUGUUGGGAUGUAUAAUUCACAGCCAUGUCCAAUUUAAACUAUCUAUGGGUACCUAUCAUCCUGGUGGACCAUAUUAAAGGACCAUUGUAUUGUUUUUAUUGCUAGUUUGUUCUCUUUUUGAAAAGGCAUGAUGUAUUCCCAAUUGGACAAUAAGCAAUCCUUUAUGUUUUUUUUGUUUGAAUAAAGUUUUUUUUUAUCUGCCUCAAUCUUUAUCAUAGUGUGAUGUAUGACUUUAUUUCUAUGACUUGAAUUUUAUUAAUGCCAAUUAAUGUUUGGUCGAACUUGUGUGUUGUUAUCUGUCAUUAUACAGAAUUGGAUUUUUUUCACAUUUUUUUUUACAUUAUUGAUCACUGAUGACUUAAAUUUAAACAAGUUAUUUGUCCUUAAAAAAAAUUAUAACUGUGUCAAGAAUUUGUCUAAUUUUAUGUCUGUUAGCAACAUAGUACAAUAUGUUGUGACAUUAUUCCAUGUUAGGUAAAGACCCUGUAUUGAUACAUUAAGGACAUUUUGUAGAUUUUGAAUGUUUUAAUCUUUGUUGUUUCUCUCUUUUUGGAAGUUUAUUUUCUUAGAUAAAUGGGUUUUGACUGUAAUAAUGUCACACAUAUUUGUUAAUUCAUGUUAUAUUUUUAUGAAAUAUAAAAAAGAUAUGUAUUGUUGUUAUUCUCAAAUUUUCUUUUGGUUUUUAUUUAUAUAUAAUAAAUAUAGUAUGUAAUCUCUUA